AUGUCUUUUAAGUUUUGCACCGUUUCGGAAAACUCAAUUGAUAUCUACUUGGGUUGUGCAGCUGAGGAUGAGAUUUCAACUGUGGAGUCCUUGCAAUUUGAUUUCAGUUCUAUAGUUUGGAAAAAUUGGAGAGAUGGGACACCUUUGGAAGUACUGGAUCCAACUCUGACAGAUACUUAUUCAAGAAAUGAAGUAAUUAGAUGCAUCCACAUUGGAUUGUUAUGUGUUCAGGAAGAUCCAGCUAUCAGACCCACAAUGGCAACAGUUGUUCUUUUGCUCAAUAGUUUCUCGGUUACCUUACCAUUACCUCAAGAGCCUGCAUUUUUUUUCCGUAGUACAACUGAUCAAGGAGGCAUUGCAACCAAGGAAUUCUUUGUCGAUCAGUCUAAAAGCAGGUCCGUGCCAUAUACUGGCGAUGAAGGUUCAAUUACUGAAGUAUAUCCUCGAUAG